AUGAAGAAAAAUACUUAUUUACAGCUUCAAAUGAACACGCUUGCAUUGAAACACCGUAUCAGAGAGCAUUUGCGUCAGCAAAAGUUUGAGUUGGAAAGGUUGGAGCGGUCCUAUAGACGGACAUUAAUUCCGUGUGUGAUACUGAUGUUACCAGGUCGCAAGCUUCACAAACAAAUCAAAGCAUCUGCUCCUCGCAAUGCGGUUCCCCCCCAAUCUAUCUCCCGCGAAGGCCUUUUCAAACUCGAUGUGGAUGAUGAUAUUUGGCAAGACACCGGCCUAAAUGAUGAGCCAAUAGAUGAAGUACCUCUUUGGCUUGUGAAUAACAACAUACAGGAAAGUAUUCGAGCCAUGUUGGAGCUUGACCGAUGCAAAAAAGAGUGGAAACAUCUGAUGGAGGAAAGAUGUAUGAUGCAGCGGUGGUUUGAUUCAGUAGUAAUGUAUCACCUGGAUUGCUAUGCUGCGUAUAUCUGCAACUUGUGCAUAACAUGGCAAACUAAGACCCGCGCUGUUUUGUGCACAUGGGUUAUGCUCGAGAGCUGGGGACCAUCAAAAGAAGACCUUUGCAUAGCUUCAUUUUUUCAAUACCGUGCAUUAUGUGACAGUACUAAUCAAGCACUUGAGCAAGUGUCUUUUGUAGAUACGAGCUUUGCCACCGUCUCCAGUAUUAAAAAUGAUGGAAGCUACUCUGAAGAUGGUGAGUUAUUUGAGGCAGUUGAAGAUAUUGCCUUUAUGGAUGAGUAUCAUUGGGGGAUAGGCAGAAGUGAGACUGGUGUCGGUCAAGAUUUGAGCCCAGCUCAUUCACCAGUGAAAAGCUCUCCAAGGAAAAGAGUCAGAUUAUUGUUUGCAGAGGAAUGA